ACACACUGACUUUAGAAAGAUUAAGAUAGAGAAACACUCCCCAAUUAGCUCCAAACACUAAAGUGAGGGUGCAAAAGUAGAAGGAAUAAAAGCAAAGAAGAAAAACAAAGUUCUAAGCCAAAAGCUCCCUUUCCCAUAACAAGCAACCACAUGGAAUUUAAGUCUUAGCUCAAAUAUCAUUCUCAAAGCUACCUUUAUUUUUCUUCUUCUUGGCCCUCUUCUUCUUCUCCAUUCUUCUCUCUUCCAUGGCGAAUGAGAAGGAUCGUUUUUAUGACCCUUUUCAUUACAACCACCACGAACACCAACUCAACCACUCUUCAAACUUUCCAUUCUUUAGGGAUAACAACUCUACACCAAUUGCCUCACAAAACUUUCAAGGGUUUGAUCAUCAUCAUCAUAAUCCUUCUCAUCAACGCACCACUUUCACUGACUGCUUACAUGGUUCCAUGGAUUACAACACCCUCUCCAGAGCCUUUGACAUGUCUUGCUCAUCUUCUGAAGUGCUCUCUUCCAUUGAUGAAAACCCCAAGAAGCCUAGUGCAGGAGACUCCGCAGGGAUCAGUGGAAACCAGUCAACACCCAAUUCAUCGGUUUCCUCGUCUUCCAAUGAAGCUGAAGCACUCAUAGAAGAAGACUCCACCAAAAGCCAGAAGAAAGAUAAACAGCCAAAAGGGUGCGAAGAUGAAGAAGAAAAGCCUAAGAAAGAGAACAAGCCUAAAAAGAAAGAGAAAAAGCCAAGAGAGCCUCGUUUUGCCUUCUUGACUAAAAGUGAGAUAGACAACCUUGAAGAUGGAUACAGAUGGAGAAAAUAUGGACAGAAAGCAGUCAAGAACAGUCCCUACCCAAGGAGCUACUAUAGAUGCACCAGUCAGAAGUGCAGCGUAAAGAAAAGGGUGGAAAGAUCAUUCCAAGAUCCAUCAAUUGUGAUCACAACAUAUGAAGGGCAACACAACCAUCACUGUCCAGCAACACUAAGGGGCAGUGCUGCCACCAUGUUGUCAGCACCUCCUUUUUUUGGUUCCUCUUACAUGGGCUCAAGCUUACCUCAAGAUUUUCUUGCUCAGUUUCUUCCAAGUUAUACCCAAAGUGAUCAUCAAAAUCCAAUGUUCAACCAAAACCUUUCCAACAAUCUCCAUCUCCAGCCACAACAACAUCAGCAGCACCAGUUCCAACUCCCUCGUGACUAUGGUUUGCUGCAAGACCUGCUGCCAUCAUCAUUCCCAGGCAAACAAGAGCCUUGAACUUACAAAAAACUUGGUGCAUGUUUUGAUUUAUUUAUUUCAGAAAAAAUACUAGUUUUAUAUUUCACUACUAUAAAAAUUUAAGUUACAGUAACGGGUGACCUUUUGUACGUUUCAAACACUAUCCGUUAGUAAAAGAAAAGCAGUAUUUUCUGUGAUAUUCUUUUAAGAAAAACCAUUAUUUUUUCACGAUAAACAAAAUCAAACAUGCACUAACCAAAUGUUGCAGUGUACACUGUCUAUACGUGUAUGUAGUAAGUAUAGUGGCUUCUUCUUUUUACUUGAUUAUUUAUAUCUCUGGUGAUCUCUUUAAGUGAUGUAUGAAGAAUAUUUGUAUGGAAAUGGAAGACAGGUCUAUAUAUGGUAGUUGCCGAAGAUCUAAUUAAGAGCAUUAAAUGAGUAUUUUAGAAAUUGUGAAUUUGUGCACAUGACAUUGAUCUUGAUUACUCUUAAGUACAUAGUUUGGUGAAUUUUGUCAAAAAUGUCAGAGAUGGACGGUGUGUUUUUCAUUAGAGUACUUUGCAAGUUGCAAGUAUAAAGGAGACGAUGAAGGAUUGAAAAGACGUAUCAUACAUGUAUGAAUGAUCUUUAUCAGUGAAAGGUAUUGACAGGACUUGGUGAUGGUUUCUUGGAUCACUAACACAAAGGGUGGUCAAGAACAGUAUGGUGAAGAUUAGUAACACCAUGGCAUGACAACGUAGUAUGCUCGUAAUUUUUUGUAUUGCAGUUCUUAUAUAUUCAAAUGAUGGGGGAAUUAACCAAGAACAUGUACUUGAGUAUAUAAGGUUGUUUUAAGGGAGCCGCGUGUGUAUAUAUAUAGAUAGAGAUAUAGAUAUAAACAUAUAUUGCGGCGUUUCAGUUAUAGUGUAUAUGUGCUAGCGUGUGUAA